CUUGUUCUCUUCCUUUGGUUCUGUUGCCAAUUCCAUUCUCUUUCCUUUGCUUCUGCCUUUUAUUUCGGCUCAUCACGGUGUUCGUCUAUCGUGAGGCUGCCUCGAUAAGCGCCAAUCUAUCAGGCAACGAUGGAGACACCGCUAUGAAGACGCUAUCGGACUCCUCAGUCAGUCUGUCUGUCCUCACCCGCGACAAUCAUACCCUCUCUCCCGACCGACGAAGAAUGAAGUUAGCUCCCGAAGCUUCAGAUGCAUCUCCCCGCGGCGUUGACGCCAGAGUGCCCGAAGUCUUCGCGCUUGGCCACCUUUACUGGGUGCCUUCACACUUCUGCCAGCGAGCCAGUCAAGUGGAUACAAAGGGCGACCGCCGUAGUCACCUCUGUGUUUACUCCGAUUCACGCGCAGCUAUCAUACGUUGGUGGGACACUCCGGCACAUGAUCCGCUCAUUAUUUGCCACUGAUAACCUCUGCUUAACAUCAUAGAGCCGAAGUAACAGAAACAGUUCAGAGAAUAGAGACUUCAUGUGGACCAGGACUCUUGCUACCCAUUACUGAUCUUAUGAGAUAGUUAAGUGCGUAAAUUGCCUUAUGGCUCUCCUACAGUUACGUGCAGUCGAACGUAUGAGGGGCAACGUCGAAUCGGCAUGCGCAGCUCUUUACUAGACAGCGUCACUCAGAUCGGUAACAGGUCGAGGCCGACACGGCCGUGUGCGUUUACCUUACGGCCUGACAGGGUGCGUGCACUACAAACAUUUCAACACGUUCUGGAAACAAAUCAUUGAGUCGUAUAGGUGAAGAAACAGUUGAAGACCGCUGUAGCUGUAUGCCUUGAAGAACUUCGUGCACCUAGCCAUUUUACAUGACUGACCAGCCUGCGAAGCUGAACAAGAGUUGUGACUACCCGCAGGGUAAAGUAGUAUUGGACGCCAUUAUUCUAAGAGUUCAGCAGCAGGCACAGCUGCAUAGGUGCAGAGAAGGUGUUCAUUCAAAUGUGAUAAUUGUGUUAAGUGUUUGUCAAGCAUCUGCCAGAAAAUUACAACAGCGUGGGUCUUUGAAAGCUUAUUUUCUUCGAUCUAGAGUAAAGAUGGUUGAUUCACGGACAAGGGAUCACGUGGUUUUUCUCUGCGCUAACCUGCUGACGCUAUGGGGUGUUAGCAUUGCUGGCGAAACCGCUGCGGUCGCUUUCAGCGAUCAGACGAACACCUCUGCCAAGACGCCGUUUACGGAACAGACACCAAAUAUGAACGAACAGCUUGAGGGGCCUCAAGUGAUCAGCGGACCACAGCCGGACGCACUGCAGGAAUCUUCUUCAAAGAAUCGAUUCCAGCCGGAAUACGACAAUACUAAGGAUCGCGACCAACACAAAAUGGAGAAACCCCAAAUCAUUUAUAUUAAGAACUCAGAUCCGAAGGAGCCCAAUGGACGACCUCAGCUCCCGCACGUCGACGCCGUUCGAAGAAGAUACCGUUUUGAAGACAUUCCUGAUUUCCGACAAGGCCAGUGGUGGAAUGAACGUCCUCAGAUCUCUCAGGAGUAUGAAAAAGGUAGUGGGCUUAACGGUCAGCGAGAAUUAGAUGGUUCCAAUGAACCGCCUAAAUCUGUAAACGACGACCUGAGCAUAAUUUCAAGCCUGCGUCGGCGGAAGCCAUCCUCAGCUAAUUUUCAGCAUCAUGUAACUGGGGGUACUCCUGCACCGAAGUCGUCAUCGCAACAGACUAUAAUCCCUAAACCUGAUCCUGGAACCACCUCAGCAAAGUUGCCAAUUCCACCGUGGAAAAGGAGGAAUCCAUCUGGAACAAGAAACGUAACAUCUGCAAAUGUUCCACCGAGAUCCCAAACCCUUCAGGUCCCUUUUGUCGUCCCACCAAAUUGUUUAUACGCUGGUCAGAAGUUUGAUCACGGAUCAUUUGUGACUACACCCGAACCUUGUUUAAACUGUACCUGCAGAGCUGGAGUUCUGGUUUGCUUCCUUCGGGUGUGUCCUGCAGUAACGAUGGUUCCUGAAGGAUGCUUCUCGGCUCGUGAGGCCCAUCAAUGUUGUCCUACAGUUCUCUGUAACAAAGAUAAUGAAAAUACUGCCUCAGACGAUGACCAAUCGACAAAUAGGAGCAAGGACGACGAUUAUGGUGAUGAUGAAGGCACUACUAAUAAUUCUUCAUCGGAGGAUAUUGAUGAGUCACGCAAUGCCAUUGGUCAUAGUGGCGAACAAACGCCAUUCACGGCUACCCCGCAAAAGUCGUCGGUGUCACUACCCGCGACAAUUCAACUCUUCUAUGACGCACAAGAACCAGCUUCCACUGGAAUGAAUACAACAAUCUCCAGUGAAAAUGACAACAAACAAGAAAGCCAGGAUAAAUUGCCAACAACUUCACAUGUAGCCGGAAGCAGUGAGGAAACUUCAACUUCGGAUACGUCUAAUACAGGAGAUAGUUCACAAUCGCUUCUAAGAACUGCUUCGGACGACACAACGACACCCCGUGAUUUCGAUACCCUCAUUGAUGAGCACCUAGUAACAGUGAUGGCAUCGGACUGGGCACAAGACACCGAUCAAAACGGUACCUCUCAAUGGUCCGUGGCAUCGGCUGUCGCGCCUCGCGACGAUAGUCCUUUGGUCGUUACAUCAUCUCUUGAGCUCACAUCUAUUUCCGACGUUGAAGCAGCCCUUCAAAAUAGGUCGAUUCCUGGAGCGUGCCAUUCGGACGGUGCCUGGUUCAUGGAAGGUUCGGCCAUGCUACCACCUCGCCGUACUGCGAACGGUGACGCCAACUUAACUUCGAAUAUCAUCUUUCAAGGAUGUUCUUUCUGCUAUUGCUUGCGGGGCCGGAGGCGCUGUGUAAGGCCACGCUGUGCCCUUCGAGUUCCAGGCUGCACCCCACGUUACGCUCAUCCAAACGAUUGUUGUCCAGCAGCGUACAAUUGCAGCGGAAAGCGGAAUGCGUCGGCUGUCGAAGGGUCUGACGGAGCUAUUUUAACUGAAGGUUCAGCUACGACAACAGCCCCGAUUAUCGGCGCUCAACAGGUGCCCGUUCCUAUCGCAGGGUGUCUUCAAAACGGUCGUGUAUCUGCGAUCGGUACUGUUUUAUCUACUAAAGAGCCAUGUCGUACUUGCAUCUGUUCGCCGGAGGGUCUUGUUUGUUCGCCUGUUGAGUGUCCUCUUGCAGCUCCUGAAUGUGUAGGCGUCACCCCUCCUGGACACUGCUGUCCUAUUGAGUACAUUUGCGACACAAUCCGUAACACACAAAACGAAACAGAGCAAUUGAAGAUCAUACCGGACCCCAGGCCCGGUUCGUUCAAAGAAACACACUUGUUUCGUAAACUUGAAGACGAUGCAUUUCUGCCGAAUGUUACGGAAAUCUUAUCGAAGGAUCAAGAAAGAACGUCCUCGUUCAGUUCCGCCACGCCGACUUCAUCAACCGAGUCAUUUCGGUCUCAAGAAGCUACUGACCUAUCAAAUGAAGCCUCUUCUAUAGUAAAGGAGAGCGACAAUCGCACUGAAAAAACGUUUUCAUCUUCUAAAGGCAGCAGCCAAUCUCUAAAUCCUAAUGAUCAGGAAAAAAACAAACGAUUGCUCCCAUCUGAAGUUCAACUGGAGAAAAAGCCAAACAUUAAUUCUAGCCAGGAACUGCACGAAUGGAAACUUGCCUCAAACAAAGUUAACGUCGAUGCUAGUCACCUUGACCCCUCAAGCAAUGAUACACUCAGUUUAUUCUAUACGCCCGAAGUUCUUUUAGAGUCAAACCGUACCAUCGAUACAGCCGAGCAGAUACAUUCAUUCACCGCUGAGAAGUUGGCGGUGUCCUCGAAAGAGCCGUUAACAAGCACCGAGGCUGCUUCGACGGAUCCUCUGCAAAUAACAACAGCGACCGAAGCUUCUCCGAUCAGUUUGAACACAUUGAUCAAGUUUGCCCCGGAGCAUCAAACGAUUAGUAAGGAAAGUCGACGUACGAACCCAUCACACGGCAUAAAUGAGGGUUCAUUAGCAAAGGUGACAAAGAACAAUCAUUUGGUACUCAAUCUUGACUUGAUCGAUUUCCGAACGAAGGCGGAUAAUCAGAGCCCGGACAACUUACUUUUACAUCAACAUCAGCCUAUAUAUGUUGCCGAGGAAAAGGUAGAUCGUAUUCCCGGCCAUCGCGAUAAAGCCCCCACUAUUAGGCCAAUCCUUACGGGCGACACUGAAAUCCUACCUCAGUCGCAGUAUACCACACCGCUAAAACGAGUAUUGUACACCACUGAGGUACCGAAAUAUACCGUACCCGCGUAUCUUUCCGAGGCGUCAAGUCCCGCCUUAGCAAGGGUGCAAAGUAUUUUCAUCGGAAAAAGCGGUGAUAUAUUGAAGAUUAGUGACCGUCAUGGAACAACAAUUGCGGCGGAAGGCAGUAGUGAAAAUAUCACAGGGUCAGAUAUAAAUAUUGGCGGCGCAAUAACGACAGAAUCCAUUGAUCUCAAAGAAGACUCGUUCCCCACACUGGCCACAUACACGGAGUAUCCAGUUGACGUUGAUGCGAAACGUUCACGAACGUCAAAUAGCAAAAAAUCUACAUUUGCCGUCGAUCUCGGAUCUCAUAUGACUGUGGCGUACAACUCGGGAAAGCUGACACCGGAAAGCAGGAUCACCACCGCCAAAGGCCCUGCAUUCGAUCAGGACCUAACGCUUCGGCGUUUUAUCACGACAACACAGCUGCCCCCACAUGCGUCCCUAGUUUUAGAUGCGAUCCAAGAAAAUACCGACUUUAACGAAGGACCAUCGUCACCAUGGGUUACGCCAUCAGCAACGCGCACAACCACUGAACUGCCAAGGCCGAGUGGACACGUCUUCACACUGCAACAAAGGCGGCAUCACGAAGAGCAUCUGACACCGACCGAGUCAGAGGUAACAGUGAAACUUACUAAAAAACAGAGUGAUGAUGUCACAAUUACUCCUGGUUUCAUUAAGUCCGCACCUUCAAAUCUGCUUAAAGCCGAGAUACAGUACGCAACGGGCAGGGAAAGUGAGGCAUCGUCCAGUACGAGCACUCCCUCCGACAUUAUCAAUAGCAAGUACAGACUUCGUACUCAAGACCCAUUACAACAUGACUUUAAGAAGACAACAAGCGCAAGCACGACAAUGACUAAAUCUACAAAGCCGAUUCAAAUUACAACUUUACAGAUGAGCAGUCAGGCCGAGCAUUUAGAACCAUUAGGACAGCCCACAUCGACAACGGCCAGUAUCGUCUACCGAGACCUUGGCCACGAGGUUGAAUCCAUAGACUCACAACAACUUAAUCAGCUAAUCAAGGAUCACAUCGAAAAACAUAGGCGAAAGGACAAUGCUAUAGGAGCUACUUCUUCCUCCCUUGGUAACGGUGCAAUUGGAUCAUCGACGCACGCAUCAAAUAGCGGUAGGAUUGAUUUCGCUGAAGGCGUGAAAUUAUUCUCAACUCUGCUCUUGAGCGGCUUGGCAAUGGGUAACCGCAGGGAACCCACGAGUUCGACCCAGAUUUCCCCACAAAUUUCCUCGCUAACACCGAACAGUGCCACAUCCCCAUCGACAGUGAAUCCUUCUAAUUUGGAGAAGCGAUACCAAAGGCCGCCGUUGCACCCCCCAUCUGCAGUAGAAUUCGAUUCGCAUCGGCCCGUAAUAGGUGAGCCCCAGUUGAACCAGUUUUCAAGUCCAAUACCCAUUCCGGUGACAGCACAUCCUAUACCGAACUUUGAGCAGCACGCCAAUGAAGUUCGACUCCCCCAUAAACAGUCAUAUCACUAUCAUCAACCACAAAAGCAGGAUCGACAUGACGGAGGUUCUCCACAGCUAUAUUAUAUCGAUGACCCUCUGUUGAACUUUACAAACAGAGGGCGAACUCACACUCAAUCGACGUCACACCGCCCGACUCCACCGAGUGCGAAUGUUACUAUUGGCAAUGUUACUCAAGGACCAAGCACUACUGAAACUACUUUGAGCACAAGGUUUUCAGUAAAAGAGACGACGGAAGCUACAACAGCGAGCAGUGUGACUUCGAAGCCAGCUGGAUUCAAUAGACAACACGUAACCGCCGGUGUGAUUGCCAAAAGUCCAAUAGGGCCUUUAAGCGUCGGAAACGGAGGACAACGUGUAGUGCCUUUCUUGGCGGAUGAUGCCGUAUUUAGGCCAAUUGCCAAUCCUCUGUUAGUGCUAUCUGGAAGCGCAUCCGGCAAAAAGAAAUCGACCAGCCAGCCUCAGAAUAACAAAAAAACAACAUCAUUGAAAAAAGGCUCGAAUUGUUUUAUCGGCGGAGUUACAUACGCCGAUGGUGAAGUUAUUCCGAAAACCGACGCAUGCGAACUAUGUCGUUGCUACUUCGGCGAAGAACUCUGUGCAGUGCGGCGCUGUCCGCCUCCUCCCGGAUCCGAUUGUCGUGCCGAACCUCUACCGGGAUCCUGCUGUCCGCGUUACACUUGCAGACCCGAAUCGGUAACCCUUCCUCCGUCAGUGAUGCCAGGCUCAACCUUAGACGACGGCUUUCAUCAGCCCAAUCACCCGAAAUUCGUGCCGCACAUUGACAUUUUGAUGGCACCUCAAGGAGAUCAGCGCUUGCUUUUACUUCAUCAACAUUCAACUUACCAAAGCAGUUCGAGCAAAGGCAGUAGCAACCACGAACGCUCUUCCUCCACGAUGUCGCAACAGGGACUUCGUCGUGGAGGUUCAUCCAACUGGAAGAAAACCCGUCCCCUCCCGUCGCCGUCGUACAAUCCGUUCUUUCCAGGACCUAGACGGGACACCCCGCCUCCGCGUUCCACACCCUCCCCCCAGCAGAUGGCCAGUACAAUCACGUCGCCUACGUCAGUGGAUGUUUCGCCAAAAGUUAGCAGCCCGUCAAGUGUCACAAGGCAGACGGCUCUGUCCUUAGAAAACGAGAUUUCUGCCACAUCAAAUACGUUCAGUAAUAAGCUUCCAGGAAGUGGCGAAUUCACGACAAUGCCUACAGCGACCCUUGCAUUAUUUCAACAUGCAUCAAGUACUGUGUCAACAACGACUACUGCCGCGACUCCAUCAAGCAACAGUGGGGGAAGUGGGGGAGGUGUGUUUUCAGCUAUUACAGACAUUCCGUUUAUUCGAUCGUUCUUCAAAAAAGACCCACCACAAGCUUCUGCUUUGUCAACAAACCGGCUGUCAGACUUCAACAGGGACAGGCACGCGUCACAUAGUAUAACCAGCUCUUCAAGCCUAAGAACACCUACACCGGCUGCCCUUCGUGACGAGAAUGUGUUUACAACUGUGAUGCCGAGCUCCACGGCAUCAAUCUCACGGCCAAGUGACAUUGACCUCGAUGGUGGGCAAAAAUUACAGCCUCUGCUAACUUUAAAUGGUGCUUGGAACCUCGUCAAAGUAUCUGGUUGCAACAUCUACGGCAAAUUCUAUCGCGUUAAUGAAGUCGUUACCGAGUUAACCGAGCAUUGUAAGGUCUGUACCUGUACCGCAAUCGGUGUACAUUGUAUCCAGACUUGUCGAUAGAGUGAGACGUAACCAGUGAAGCCUCGUGUGUCCUGCAUCAAAUUAUAUGGAACAGAUGAACCACGUAUCCAUGACCUUGCGACGAGCCGUCAUCGGUCCUGCAAUAGCCGUUAAACUUCUAAAUCCAACCGAAUUUCUCAACUGCAGAGAGAACGGAUCGAGGUUGGGGCAUCUUUUUCAAGACGGUUUCAACAAAACGUACUAAAUAUCCUUUGUUUCGCUUCGACCCGAUUUCUAUAUUUAAUCUAACAAUUUUGGAAGUCGGUGGAAAAUUAUCGAGAGUAUCGUGUACCAGCACAAGCCUACAAAACUUCAAUCCAAGGUAUGCUAAAUAGCACAAAUCCUUCUUGAGCCUAGGAUGGCUAAGCUCGCUCACAAAUGUUGACGACGAUCAUGAUCUAUGUAGGUCUGGCUAAAAGAGCCGAAAUUUUUAAGGUCUUAAGUUGGCGACGAGUUGCGGAAAAGUUUGCAAGGUUACUUAUAAUAUAAUACUUGUAAUAUUUUUAUAGUUCUUAUUUUCUUGUAACCUAGGUGUGAUGUUUGCCGGAUUCGACCUUGCUAUCGUAUAUAUUUAUUAGCAGUAGCAUGUAUUGCUGGUUUCUGAGAUUAACAGAUCAAUUGUACAUGUAAAUAGUAAACUGUGUUAACACUGUAUAUUGUCUAGGUAACAACAAAGAUAGAUACGAACUGUGUUCCGAUUGAAUUGGAAUACGACAUCACAAACGAUCUAGACUGGUCCGGUCAUAAAAGGACGGGGUGCCCGUUGUAUUAUACACGGGUGAAACGAUAGCAGCUAUACAUAUAUAUAAUAGAUCAUAUUAUCGAAAUAUACUAUACAUUAUUUACACAAAAUGCUGAUUUCGAAAAUUGUUAUGCACAUAGACAGAAACAUGUACCAGACACGUAAACAAUACCGAAAAACACACAAAUGACAUGGAAACUAAAAACAACGAUUUAUUGAAGCUAUUAUAAAUGAAAUGUUAAUUAGCGUAAGUUAUGUCGCGAACACCAAUUAGUGCAUGAUAAAUUGACCCGAAAGGCGUGAGAUAACACUGUAGAAUCAUGCAGCAUGUAGGGGCAAAAAGGAAAGGGUGAAUAAGCAACUACCUGUUUUCGUAGUUAAAUCAAAAAAAAUGAAGCACAGGUUAGGUAAGGGGUAAGAAUGGACUUCCAGUCGAAGUAGCGAGAGGAACAUGCUGUAUUGCCUAGCUUAGGACAUAUAUGGACGGUUCGGGUUUAAUCCACUGCGACCUUAAGUGUGACUAUCAGACUUCUCGUACUAACACUUAUAAACCUAGUAUAACGCCCUUGAUCCAUUGCUUGAAGAGUUAAUUACCAUCUACAUGUCUCUAAUCUGGUCAAAAAUGAUAAACCUCUAGCUAGGAAAACUCUCAUUUAAAACGGCAGGCACGAUUCGCUGCUGAUGCGUGUUUUACAGUACUAUUUAUUUUAAAAUUAGUAGUAAUAAUUACUAGUUUACUGACAUUUGUACAUUUGAUAAUGACGCCUUGGGUAAACAGGGAGCUCAAGCGAGAUAUAGCCGAAUAAUGGUAAAUAUAUAUAUAUAUAUAUAAAGGAAUGAAACGCACCGCAGCAACUUGGUUGACCGGUAUUAUACAUUGCUAGGUAUGAUUACGGCGGGGACUUGCAUUUCCUUUUUACUACCGAAGCAAAAUCAAUAAAAUAUGCAAUAUGCUUAAACAUAUAUAUAUAUAUAUUUUUUAUAUUUUUUGGAUACGAAGCACAGAUGGUCUUCGAAAACCUGAUAGCACGACCGUCAAAAAUAAUCGCACGUUGAAAAAGUGUGUGUUAGCAUACAAUGGCUCGGUAUUGACAUACUCGAACGUAAGUGAUAUCCGAAGUGCUUCCGCUUACUCUGUGCUUGGAAUAUUUAUAGAGUAGUUUAAUACAUUCGUCUCAAGGGAGAAAAAGCUAGCAAGAAAAGCAGCCAGCAGUCUUUAACUCACCUUGCAGAUGCUAGUUCAGAUUUUUCGCUGGGAUCAAACAAUACUUUUCAAUAUUGGAUAUGAGCGAAACCAUCAAAACAUGUUAUGAAAACCUGAAUAAAAUGCAAAUGUCUAUGCAGUGACGAACGAGCUAUACGAUCGGCAUAUUAAUGAUUUAUUUCCCUUUAUAUAAUUGCCAUAAGCCAGUUCCGUAACUAGCUGAAAUAUUUGGCUUGUCAUGUUGACCUGUCGUUUUGCUAUUUCCACUGUCUUAUUUUAUUGAUGAGCAACGAGCACAUGCUAAAAACCAAGUUUCGAUUCGACAACGUUUCCGAAACGCGUCCCACCUGAUGCGAUGGUUGAUCAAUCUGCCGCUUAUACUCUGCGACCCUUUCCUUUAAGAACCCCACCGCCUGCACCGCCCUCUCCGCUUCAGGCCCAGGGUUGCCAGACGAAAUGCACCGCUCAUGCAAUAUUCAAGCUACCACGAAUACUAAAUAGGACGCACGUUGCUUGAGCAAACAACAAACUCUAU